AAUGUUUUUUUUUUAUAGGGUCUUGCAUUUUCCCUUGAAGAACGUCAAAUCUUAGGCAUACAAGGCCUUUUGCCAGCCAGAGUUAAAACCGAAGAUGAACAAGUUCAGCACAGUUUAUUGUUGCUCGACCGUUUGGAAAAUGAUCUGGACAAAUAUAUGUAUUUGAAUAACUUGGCCGAACGUAAUGAACGUUUAUUCUAUAAAGUUCUAUCAUCUGAUGUUGCUAAAAUGAUGCCUUUAGUCUAUACGCCCACAGUAGGAUUAGCCUGUCAAAAAUUCAGUUUAAUCUUUCAAUAUCCCAAGGGCAUGUAUAUAACAAUUAAUGAUAAAGGACAUGUAUAUGAUGUUUUAAAGAACUGGCCCGAAACAGAUGUACGUGCUAUUGUUGUUACCGAUGGUGAGCGUAUUUUGGGUUUAGGUGAUUUGGGUGCCAAUGGCAUGGGUAUUCCUGUGGGUAAACUAUCACUUUAUACCGCUUUGGCGGGCAUCAAACCACACCAAUGUCUACCCAUUACUUUGGAUGUUGGCACAAACACCGAGAGUAUCUUAAAUGAUCCUCUAUAUAUUGGUUUGAGACAAAAGCGUGUCACCGGUCCAGAAUAUGAUGAAUUCAUUGAGGAAUUUAUGACCUCGGCUGUACGUCGUUUUGGACAAAAUUGUUUAAUACAAUUCGAAGAUUUUGCCAAUGCUAAUGCUUUCCGUUUGUUGGAAAAGUAUCGUCACGAUUAUUGUACUUUUAACGAUGACAUUCAGGGUACUGCCUCUGUAGCUGUGGGAGGUCUGUUGGCUUCACUGAAAAUCAAGAACACUCAAUUAAAAGAGAACAAAAUUUUAUUCCUCGGAGCUGGAGAGGCGGCUUUGGGUAUUGCCAAUUUAUGUUUAAUGGCUUUAAUGAAAGAAGGACUUUCGGAAGCCGAAGCUAAAGAACGCAUUUGGAUGGUUGAUAGUAAGGGCUUGAUUGUUAAAAAUCGUCCAGCCGGUGGUCUUAGCGAGCACAAGCUACACUUUGCCCAAGACUAUGAACCAAUCAAUACUCUGGCUGAGGCUGUUGAGAAGCUAAAACCUUCCGUACUCAUUGGUGCAGCUGCCAUUGGCGGUGCAUUCACCAAGGAGAUACUUGAAAUGAUGGCCGAAUUCAAUGAUAUGCCCAUAAUAUUUGCUCUAUCUAAUCCGACCAGCAAAGCCGAAUGUACAGCUGAACAGGCUUACACCUACACCAAAGGCAAAUGUAUUUUUGCCUCCGGUUCUCCUUUUGAUCCCGUGGAAUAUAACGGCAAAACAUUCUAUCCCGGUCAGGGUAAUAAUUCGUAUAUAUUCCCUGGUGUUGCUUUGGGUGUUCUCUGUGCCGGUAUGUUAACCAUACCGGAAGAAGUGUUCCUAAUGUCAGCUGAACGCUUGGCAGACCUAUGCGAACCCGAAGAUUUGGCCAAAGGCAGUCUAUAUCCACCACUAAGCAAAAUUACCGAAUGUUCCAUUGAAAUUGCUGCAUAUAUUAUGGAAUACGCCUACAAAAAUGGUUUGGCAACUGUACGUCCUGAACCAGAAAAUAAACGUGACUUCAUUAAAUCGCAAAUGUAUGAUCUAUCGUAUUCAUCAUCUGUACCAGAAGUUUAUGCAUGGAGUCAUAAACUUUAAAUCAUACUACUAUUUAAUCUAUUAUUAUAAUUACUUAUAAACAAAAGUCUAAUUUAUGUGUGUGUAAGAAUUGUAUAAAUUAAUCAAAUUAAAAAAGUCUACAAUGCAAAAAAAAAGUCAAUAUUGAACUUACACUUUAUGAGGAACAUUUUAACUUUAGAACUUUAGUAGUAUUGUUUUAUUUCACUAUCUUUUAGUUAUUAAAUUCAAUUGAAAUAUGAUUUUAUUUAAUAUUUUUAUUUGUAAUUCUUAUUAUUUGUAAUUCUUAUUAUGGUUAACAACAACAUUAUCAUUCCAUUUUUGUUUUUUUAAUUAAUUUUUUAACUACAAGUAUGUAGUUUAAACUUUAUUUUAUAUUGUUGUAAUUAUUUGUUUAUUUUAUAAUUUUUCUUAUUUUAUGUAAGGGUAUGAUGAUGCUAUUUGAUAUUAAAUAAUUUAUUAUAAUAAAAUUAAAAAAAAAUACAUAAA